AGCUUGGAACUUGUUAUCGGUUUAUAUAAUCUCAUCGUGUAGUUCUCAUUAGGUUUUAGCUGGACCUCCGCAUACCUUAGCAUUGUCCUCUGCUCGCCGUUAGCGAGGGAAAUCGUAGCGAAUAUGGUGAAGGGGCGCCAAGGAGAGCGAGUCAGACUCUAUGUGAGGGGAACUAUCCUCGGAUACAAAAGGUCGAAAUCAAACCAGUACCCCAACACGUCUUUGAUCCAGAUUGAGGGUGUGAACACAAAGGAGGAGGUAGGAUGGUAUUGCGGUAAGCGUAUGGCCUACAUUUACAAGGCCAAGGUCAAGAAGAACGGAUCUCAUUACAGAUGUAUCUGGGGAAAAGUCAUUAGGCCACACGGUAACAGUGGAAUCGUCCGAGCAAAGUUUAAAUCCAACUUGCCUCCCAAGUCCAUGGGUUCUAGGGUUAGGGUUUUCAUGUACCCAAGCAAUAUAUAAGUGCUUUGGUAUGUGUAGAUGCCAUGCUGGAAAUUCCAGAGACGUGGAGGUUUUGGUUUUUACUAUCCAUCUGGAGCUAGGUUUUGAAGUUUUUGUAUUCAAGAGCUACGAUAGUUUGUUUUGUUUUAUUUUCAGGAUGAUGAAUUUAACAUUUAUUUACAUAUGGGAUUCUUCACACCCAUUUGCCUCUCAAUUGGCAUGAUGGAUGUUCAGAACUUGGUGCAACUAAGCAUAUUCGAGCUCAGUUUGCUAGAAA